UGUGCUCGGUAUGGUGAAUAUUUCUGGAGUGCUGCCCAUUUUGGGCUUAGUGAUUGCGGUAAUUGUCGAGGUACAGGCAGAAGGAUAUUAUACUAUAACGUCACCGGGCAUCAUAAGACCCAACUCUAAAUACAGUAUAUAUGUGAGUGUUUAUGAGGUACAGGAUAAUGCGAGAAUCGCUCUCACUCUGAAGGGGUCACAAUUUAGCAAAAAUACCGAAAUCKUGGUGCCGCCUAAUUCUGGACAAAGUGUAACCUUUGAACUCGGUGAUAUUAAAAAUGGCACAUAUGUAUUGAAGGCGCAAGGACUGUCGGGAAUUAUUUUUGAAAAUUCCACGAACCUGRAACACGUAGAAAAUCUACCAAUGGUAUAUUUGCAAACUGAUAAGGCACUCUACAAAUUCGGAGAUACYAUACAAUUUCGUGCAGUAUUCCUAGAUCAGUACUUGCUACCAGCAAAGGUCAAYCAACAAAUAUCUAUUGUUUUAAAGGUACGUAAAUGGUGUAAUCGAGUACACAUACAUAUAAUAUAA